GAAUUUUCGGAAUCUUUGGGUUUCUGGAGUUCAGCUAUACUCCGAGAAGGGCACGGCGCCAGGGGCUGACCGUGUUGCCGGCUACUGGUUCCCGUUUCGGUGGAGUAGUCAGAUGUCUCAGGCACCCAGGCGUCUCUGCUUUGCCUCUCUGGACGCGAGGGCUCUUUGGAGGGUCUGGCGCUCUCCGGCCCCGCGCGCCGCUGGGCUCUGGAGAGCCUGUUUCCUGCGCUGCCUUUGGUGGGCUCUGGCGGCGCAGCCUCAGCGGAUCUAAACCUCGUCUAAACUGCUUUAGACGAGGGCAAAUCGUGUAUGAAUCCGGAGCCAUCGCCACUGCCCUCCACUUUUUCUCACCCCCUCCAUCUUUGUGGGGCUUGGGGGACCGAUUGGCACGUGCAUACCAAGCAAGGGGAUCCAGGUUUCACCUGGUCGGAUAAUAUGCAAAAUCAGGCUUAAGUUAUGGCCCACACCCCGGGGAAGCAGAUGCGGGGUACUUCUUUCUGUAGAAUGAAUUAAGAGAAGAGGAAUCUUACUCAUUAGAAAUGGAGAACAGUUUGUCAGUUUCCAAGAUGCAAGACCCUUCGUCCUCGCCCUUGGAUAAACAUCAAAGCUCAGCUAACAGUAAUGGUGAUCUUGAUUCAGAGGAAGGUUCAAGCUUGGAGGAAAUCGGCUUUAACUGGGGAGAGUAUUUGGAAGAAACAGGAGCCAGUGCGGCUCCCCACACCUCAUUCAAACAUGUUGAAAUCAGCAUUCAGAGUAACUUUCAGCCAGGGAUGAAAUUGGAAGUGGCUAAUAAGAACAAUCCGGACACCUACUGGGUGGCCACUGUCAUCACCACCUGCGGGCAGCUGCUGCUCUUGCGUUACUGUGGUUACGGAGAGGACCGCCGGGCCGACUUCUGGUGUGAUGUGGUGAUAGCAGAUCUCCACCCCGUGGGGUGGUGCACACAGAACAACAAAGCCUUGAUGCCCCCAGAUGCAAUCAAAGAGAAAUACACAGACUGGACCGAAUUUCUCAUACGGGAUUUGACUGGUUCCCGGACAGCUCCCGCCAACCUCCUGGAAGGUCCUCUGCGAGGGAAAGGCCCUAUAGACCUCAUUACAGUUGAUUCCUUAAUAGAACUUCAGGAUUCUCAGAACCCUUUUCAGUACUGGAUAGUUAGUGUGAUUGAAAAUGUUGGAGGAAGAUUACGCCUUCGCUAUGUGGGAUUGGAGGACACUGAAUCCUAUGACCAGUGGUUGUUUUACUUGGAUUACAGACUUCGACCAGUUGGUUGGUGUCAAGAGAAUAAAUACAGAAUGGACCCACCUUCAGAAAUCUAUCCUUUGAAGAUGGCCUCUGAAUGGAAAUGUGCUCUGGAAAAAUCCCUUAUUGAUGCUGCAAAGUUUCCUCUUCCAAUGGAAGUAUUUAAGGAUCAUGCAGAUUUGCGAAGUCAUUUCUUCACAGUUGGGAUGAAGCUAGAAACAGUGAAUAUAAGUGAGCCCUUUCAUAUCUGUCCUGCAUCAGUGACCAAGGUUUUUAACAAUCAUUUUUUUCAAGUGACUAUUGACGACCUAAGACCAGAACCUAGUGAGCUCUCAAUGCUGUGCCACGCAGAUUCUGUGGGGAUUUUACCAGUACAAUGGUGCCUUAAAAAUGGGGUCAAUCUCACACCUCCCAAAGGCUACUCUGGCCAGGACUUUGACUGGGCCGAUUAUCACAAGCGGCAUGGGACAGAGGAAGCACCUCCUUUUUGCUUCAGAAAUACAUCAUUCAGUCGGGGUUUCACAAAGAAUAUGAAACUUGAAGCUGUAAACCCCAGGAAUCCAGGAGAACUCUGUGUGGCCUCUGUCGUCAGUGUGAAGGGGAGGUUGAUGUGGCUUCACCUGGAAGGUCUGCAGACUCCGAUUCCAGAGUUCAUUGUUGAUGUGGAAUCAAUGGAUAUUUUUCCAGUGGGCUGGUGUGAAGCAAAUUCUUACCCUUUGACCACACCACACAAGACUGUCUCACAAAAGAAAAGAAAGAUUGCAGUCGUGCAGCCAGAGAAACAAUUACCAUCCACAGUGCCUGUUGAGAAAAUACCUCAUGACCUUUGUUUAUUCCCUCACCUGGACACCACAGGUACAGUCAACGGGAAAUACUGCUGUCCUCAGCUUUUCAUCAACCACAGGUGUUUCUCAGGCCCUUACCUCAACAAAGGCAGGAUCGCAGAGCUGCCUCAGUCUGUGGGGCCCGGCAAAUGUGUGCUGGUCCUCAAAGAGGUUCUUAGCAUGAUAAUCAAUGCAGCUUACAAGCCUGGAAGGGUAUUAAGAGAAUUACAACUGGUGGAAGAUCCACACUGGAAUUUUCAGGAGGAGACUCUAAAGGCAAAGUACAGAGGCAAAACAUACAGGGCUGUGGCCAAGAUUGUACGGACGUCUGACCAAGUAGCAGAUUUCUGCCGCCGAGUCUGUGCCAAGCUGGAGUGCUGUCCAAAUCUGUUCAGUCCUGUGCUUAUUUCUGAAAACUGUCCAGAGAACUGCUCCAUUCAUACCAAAACCAAAUACACCUAUUAUUAUGGAAAGAGAAAGAAGAUCAUCAAACCCCCAAUUGGGGAAAGCAACAUCGAGAGCGGACACCCUAAGCCAGCCAGACGUAGGAAACGGCGGAAAUCCAUUUUUGUGCAGAAGAAACGACGGUCUUCUACUGUGGACUUUGCAGCCGGUUCUGGGGAUGAAAGUGAAGAAGAGGAUGCAGAUGCCAUGGAGGAGGACACUGGAAGUGAGGAGACUGGCUCCGAGCUCCGGGAUGACCAGACAGACACCUCCUCUGCUGAGGUCCCCUCUGCCCGGCCCCGCAGGGCUGUCACCCUAAGAAGCAACUCAGAACCAGAGCGCCGGCCACCCCUGGAGAGGGUGCGCAGGGGGCGCAAAACGCAGCCCCCCACAGGUGCCCAGGGCGGUGACAAGGGCGAUAAGGGCCCGGCAGCCGGCCACGACACAGCCGAGGAAAUAAAGCAAGAGGAAGAGGAGAGACUCAUUCUGGACAGCAACCCCUUGGAGUGGACAGUGACCGACGUGGUGAGGUUCAUUAAACUGACGGACUGUGCCCCGUUGGCCAAAAUAUUUCAGGAACAGGACAUCGAUGGCCAAGCGCUCCUGUUGCUGACUCUCCCGACGGUGCAGGAGUGCAUGGAGCUGAAACUGGGGCCUGCCAUCAAGUUAUGCCAUCAGAUUGAGAGGGUCAAAGUGGCUUUCUACGCCCAGUAUGCCAACUAACUUGCCCUCCUCAGCAGGCAGGCAGCCAAUUACGUUGUUGAUGCAGUGUCUUGGGAAGGUUUUCAGGACUGCAACCUUUCUUUUUCUGGGAUAUAAGAGAUGAUACAUAUGCCAAGUAUCAUGGAAAAGUGAGACACAUAAAGGACCUCCUUCAUCCACCAGCCCAUUUGAUAUUCCAUGUUUUUAAAGCACACCCGUGUCCCCCAGCAAUGACUUCUGGAGAGUGAAUUAAAAUUUUGUGCCAGGAUAUGGAAACACUUCUUUGUACCUCCACAACUCACCUUCCUUCCAGCCCAGAGCAGGCAGCUGCCUGUGAACAGUCUCCUAAACCUACGCUCGCAUUUCUUUCUGAAAGCUAAGGUGCCAUUGUUGUCUUUCUGAAAGUGACCAAGGAGGACGCCUUACCGGUAGAUUUUGCUGUGAUCACUCUCAGGCACACUGAUUGAUGCUUCUUUCACAUCCACGCCCAGUGGCUGUGGCUGCCACUGCCAUUUUAUCUUGGUGGCGAUUCCUUUCGCAAACACAACUGUAGGUGAUGUUAGAGGAUAUAAUUAUACAAAGGUGGCUAGACCUGCCUCUUCUGUCAGAGGUGCCUUUCGGAAGCAUGGGGAGGGUAGUGGGCAGUGGCCACUGUCAUGAGACAGUUUUCCUUGAGUGACAGACACUUAGAGAGAAGUGUAGAGAGGUGUGCUAUUUGCCGAGUUCUAUAAUGAAGGAAAAGCUUAAUUUUGGAGAUCUAGAGCAGGAAGAUACUUGAGGGAAGCUUUUUAGAAACCAGCUACAUCCCUGUAGAAGGAUCACUGUGGCAGAGCUAGUGGGGUGGUCCCCUUGGAUAAGGACCCUCUUGGCUCAGCUCAUCCUGGAACACCCCUUAACUAUAUAGGUGAUCCUGCAUGCUGGCAGGACACAGUGUGGCUCACGCUGGGCCUGCCAUCACUGGUUCUUAUCCUGCUGUGGCUGAUGCCUAACUCAGUGACUUUGAACCACUCUGGACCCCAUUCCUGUGAAGCAACAGGUUGCAACACUUGGGAUUGAGGCUGCAAACACACAUCCCCUCAUCUCCACCCCACUCAGGCUGUCAGGCAAGAGUCCAGAGUAGCCAAACAAGGAAAAGUAAAUGAAACUGAAGUGUUUGGCCACAGCUUUUGAGUCUGUGAUUCCUUUAGCACACUCUGGUUUGGGUGACAUUUCUUGAAGUUGGUUAUCAUAAAGUCAGUUAGUCCUUUCUCAAGAACUAUGGCUCUGGGGAUUGGCUGGUCUUCUGCAGCAACCACUCAUCUGUAAGUGCUUGUGUGUGAUUCCACGUAUUCAUUCAAACCCAGUCCUCUCUAUCCUGCUGUGGUCAUCGCCCAAUUGCCUUUUUAAACUUAUGCAAGGAAACGAAAUCUUCAGAUUAUUCAAGAGUGGACAAGGGCAGCAGAGACUGCUCACCCUUCUGUUACUUUUCUACCACAAUCGCCUUGAUCUUUGCUUUGAUUAGACUCUCAACCACUCCAGGAAUAUUGUCUAUUGGGCUUACAAGCAGCUCAUUUUUCUGUUACAUUUUAAGAUGUGAUUAUCUGUCAGAUUUGAAAAGUCUGAUUACAAAUGCUAACCUUUAUUAACAUGCUAUCGAUGUUUCAGAUGAAAAUGGAAGGCAGAUAUUUUGCAGCUGAGACAUUUUCAUCUCCCCUGUUGCUGAUUUAUGCUGUCCUUUUUAAACAAUUAGCAGAUGAUUUUGCCCAGGGUCCUGGAAUGGAAGCUCCAUGUCCUAGUUGGGGUGGCCGUGUUCACGUGACACAGGCUCACUUGCAGUUCAAUGUCCUUCUUCGAAGCUAAAGUUUGGACCUGCUUUCAGUUUCCUAUCCCUGCUUCCUCAGCCACAUGCUUUUGGCCUUAAAUGCUGAGUCUUGUACAGUUAAACUCUAUCAAACAAUCGGAAAGGGUACCCAUUUCAAGAUCUUUGGCAUUUUCCCCACACUGACUCAUUUAUGAUUCUUCACUGUGGCCUUUUCAAGCUGAGCUAUUUCUGUUAUGUUUGAAAUGGGAAUGAAGGAAUGUGGUAGCUACAACGCAGUGCUGCACUUUCAGGAGGACUACCACCCUCUCUUGCCCUUUCAAGUAAAGGCUCGGAGGAAGAGGGCUGCACUGGAGCUAGGAGCUCUUCUGGACAUUUCUCCCACCUGAAGCAGGCUGGCUCCCUCCGGGCUGCCCAGGCAAGACCCAGCCAUCACGGGGCUCCAAGCCAAGACCACCCUGACACUCGGGCUCUCGGUGAGGGAUCAUUCACAUCGUGGGCUUCCGCUUUGUGUGUGCUUGGUGAGGAGGACGUGGCUCCAGCAGCUGGGGUGCUCAUCCUGAAGGUAUCUACAUACCAUCUCCUGGCCCCUCUGAGCCAAGAAACAUUUUAGGACCAAGAAUAGGCUUUUUUUCUGAGUGUUGCCAACGUUCUCCAGAACUUGGAUUUUGGGGGGAUUUCCAUGCUGGAGUACUUUCCACAUCAGGGGCAAUUCUGCAAUAGAAUUGUCAGGUGGUUUCCAUUGCUCUAUACGAUUCACCUCACCAGCUUCCAUUUUAGAAAUAGGGCCAAUUUCCAAGGAAUGUAUUGCAAUGUCUUUGUUCUGGCAGGAAAAGUAGGUUGUACAUGUGUACCCCACUAAACCAUGUAUUUCUUGCUCAAAACACCCCAACAAGUGAUGUCUCUCCCCAUCCAAUUCUGGACACUUAUGAUCUCUCCUUUGUCUUUCUUUGAUAAUAUUUUGGGACCAAAGUCCUCGUCUCUCUGUUUCUGAGUUCUACCUAUAUCGUGCCGCUCAUUAACUCCUGGAACUGGUCGAGAAGUGUGUUUUUCCUCUCCUGGCCCAGCAGACACCUUGUGAUCGGUACAUUCUGUGUCACUUGGGAAGCAGAAAUGCCAACUCAUCCUUAAUGAUAGAUGUCCAUCACUCGAUAGUGACCUACAGCAAACGGAGCUUAUUUCAGCUCCUAACUACUUGACUGCAUUUUUGACCGUGUUUGAAAAAUGUCCCAUACACAAAAACAUACACAUAAAAACCUAAAAGAGUACAGUAUGACUGGUGUUACAGAACAUCUCUGCUUUUCAUAAAAAAUAACGUUAGUUGCCCUCACCGUGGAAUUCCACAGCACGAAAAACUUAUCUGUCACUUUUAAAAUUAGGUUCAGUUGAUCAAAGUUUGACUCACAUACAGUGCUUGAGCUGUACAGCUGUUAGGUUGCUUUGCUUUACUUGAUCAGAUUUGAAAGAUCAUUUCCUGUGUUCACUUUGAUUUGUUCCAUUAAGACGACGCCAACCUUUAACCUCCGACCCUCACGAUUCUUUCUAGGUUGAUUUUGAUCAGCCUUUGAAGAUUGGUCUCAGUUUUCUAAUUUGUCUCAUAGAAUUUUGACUGUUGUAUCAGGCAAGUGCUGAUUUGCCUAUUAUCUUAUACCAAACACCUCUUUCUAAGAGCUGUUACCCUUCAUUUUGGAAGCACGAGGGGUUUUCAUACUUAUUUUGUAGAGCACCCAUUUAUAUUUAUUUCUGUAUAUAGAACUAAAAGAAAAACCAGUAGUGAUAAAAUCUUUGUGGUUUGAGCUUCAUUGUUGCUUUUUUGGGUAAGAUGGUGAAUGUAGGCUCCAAGUACUCUCUUCCCUCUUUAGAAAGCUAUGAUCAAGUGUGCAAUUAUUUGAAGGGAAAAUAGUAAAUUAAGGUAUGUGUAGUUUUUAAGGAAGAAAUCAUUAGAGAUAAAAAUACUGCCCGUGUCUCCUUGGUGCAAUAACUGAAUAGCAAGGGAAAGCUAUUUUGGCGACUUACAAUUUAAUGAUUCUCAUUCAUUUACCCUUUUCUGUUUAGAAGUUUUCUGGAAACUGCUUUACUCCCUUUAAUGUGGUUGAAUUUUUAAGUUGAUUGAUUCUCUUAGCUUCUGUCACUGGAGUUGGUUUAGCAGUAUCCAAAAUAGGAUGUGAUAAAAUCAAAUUCUAUUUUUGACCCACUUCAUUUAAAAGCUGUAAUUGCUGACACAUACUGCUGCCUUGGUUGUGGUCAUCUUUAGUUGAGAUGAUAAGCAGUAAGUAAUUUCCUGAACUGUCGUUUUUCCAUCGUACUGGUUCUGUUUGAAUGGCUGGGAUUUGGUACAAGUGUGGAUGUGAGUCUCAUCACACAGCCCAGCACAGAAUUGCAGUGUGGGCCGAAGAGAUGCACCGAAGAAAAGGUCAAGUUCUGGGACAAUUGUUUGCUGAAAAUCGCCUUAUGAUGGGAAAUUAGAGACAAAAUUUUUUAAAUGACAAAAAAUAGUCAUCUCAUUUGCUGUUCAAAAUGGGAGCUAGCAUGAUCUCUGAAAGCAUUGAACUGUCUCCAGUCGUCAAUCAAAAGCCCUUUUACUGAGUUGCAUUCCAGUUUGAAUCAUUUGUAUUGAAUUUGACUCACAUCUCGUGUAUGUUUUAGGGUGUUUAAGGGAAAAAUUGAUGUUUUUACUUUUGAGAUUUGCAGGACAAAGGGCAUGUUGUUAGUUUGCUGUAAGAUUGUAUUCUGUAUAUAUGUUUUCAUGUAAAUAAGUGAA